AUGUCAUCGGAAGAAUUUAAAGGCCUUCCAUUCAAACGAGAUAUUUUUUCCACUGGUCCUGCUGAUAGACCUCCGGCAUUCUCUGCCCCUCCAUGCGUUAUUUCUACUGGGAAUGAUGAGGCACAAGUGCUACCGAUUCCUAAGAAAUCCAGAACUAUCAAGACCGAUAAACCAAGGCCUUUUCUUUGCCACAUAUGUACAAGAGGAUUCGUGAGGCAAGAGCAUUUGAAGCGACACCAAAGAGCGCAUACCAACGAGAAACCCUUUCUUUGUGUAUUUUGUGGAAGAUGUUUUGCCCGAAGAGAUUUGGUCUUGCGGCAUCAACAUAAACUACAUUCUGCACUCGUUUCAAAAGAAUCUGUGAACUCGAAGGACAAAACUGAAAUAGAUGCGAUGAACGAUAAAAAUAUAAUUCAGAUUCAAGGUAAUAAGCAAACAAUCCUACCGACGCCCAGCAAUCCAUUGGCAAAGACGGCUGCCCAGUUAAAAAAGGCAGCCAAGGAAAAAAAAAGUGGAAAGCAAGAAAAACUAGGGCUAAGCCCUUCAUUUACUUUAAGUGGCGACAGUGCAGGUCCUCUACCCUUAGUAGGUAACUCUUCAACGCCUGCAAUAAUCCAAGAGAUAGAGCCAUCUUCGAACUUUCCACCUCCGCCAGGUAUGAAUCAUCCCACAAAAUCUAAAAGACAUGCAUCAUUUUCAGCUUCUAGUGCAUUCACAUACAGCUCAGAUAAUUUUCAGAGGCUGCAUCAGCAAACUCAAUCAGAUUUUGACGGAUUACAAGAAAGCUUUCCGCAUCAGGUGGGGUUUUCCACACCUCAAUUGACUGCACAACAACUUAUAGAAAAUGCUAUUGAAUCUGGUGUUGUAGAUUUGGAAACUUUGGACUUGCCACCAUUUUUAUCAUUGGACGGUCAACCCCCUCUAACCUCAAGUGUGGCUGUUUCAGGACCUGAACAAAUAGACCUAUACCACUCUUCUGCUACGGGUACCACAUCUGGCGCUACGACCACUCCAAACCAAGCAGCAACGGCCCCACCCUCUCAUUUACCUAUAGGAAGAGAAAGCAGCUCAUUAUUUUUAGCAAACACUCCUUACUUAUCUGAUUUUUUAACAAUGGGCUCUUCGUAUGGUGGUUCGGGAGGGUUUGUUAAAUCUAUUACUGCUGAUCCUAGUUUAGAUUAUUUCAACUACAAGCACCACACUCAUUCAGAUACAAAGCACAGCGGUAAUGCAAAUGGUAGUAGUGAUAAUAAGGUCAAGAUUGCUAGUGCUGAUGGUAAUAAUGAGACCUCUGAAGGUACACAAAAUAGCGGCGACAUAAGUAAACAAAUCACUGACCAUACUGGCGCUCAGGCCCAUCAUGAGCACCCACUUAUAGAAAGUGAAGAAUGGCUAUCUAAGUUCAUUAUGGACUCUCAGAUUGAAAACGAUUUGAAACUUAAUAUCAGCCAUUUUAACGAUAUUGGGUUCAACAACUUACAUUCUCAAAAUCCGACGAGUCGUUCCGAGCCAACAAACCCGGAUAAUAGAAAGAAAAACCUACAUGGCUCUGUCAAUGAAUGCCAGUCCGUACCGGCGAAUAUAUCUCCAGCAGAACAAUUCACCUUAUUCAAAACUAAGCCAAACAAAAACAUUUCAAGAUUCUUGUCCGACGAUAAGAUACCUUCCACUGCUUCACCAUCUUCUUCUUCCUCCCCAGUGCAAUUUGGUAAGAAAAAUGGUGAUAUUAAUGAAUUUUUACUAGAUGAGUCAGUUUCUAAUCUGUUUACCACUAGACAGAUUGAUUUAUUCAAAAAAAACGCGAACUUAUAUUCGCCAUUAUUUCAAAAUCAAAAAAAUGCAGUUUCAUCUUCAAGCCCAACGUCAUCAUUAACCACACCGACCGCACUGACUCAAUCAAGCCCACGGAAGAAGGAUUCUCCCAAAAAAUUGGAGUUCUUCACAGAAGAGUUACGGAAUUUGAUUAUUAAGGAGAAUAGCCUGAAAUCUAAUUUAUUUCCCGCCGUUGAAGAACUAAAUCAUUACGUCAAUUUGUAUCAAGUAGAAUUUCACAAAUACUUUCCCUUCAUUCAUCUGCAUUCAGUCUUACCUUCAAGUGAAAACUAUCCUUUAAUAAUAUCCAUCAGUAUGAUUGGCGCGCUUUAUGGCUUCCAUUCCACACACGCGUUAUUGUUAUCAAAGAUAGCAAGGACAAGAGUGAGAAUUUUUCUGGAAGACACCCGAAGCAAUCACGACAAGACGCCAAUUUGGUUAAUGCAAUCUUUGGUUUUAUUAACGUUUACCAGCAUUUUCUCCAAUGAUAUGAACGCUUUUAGGACUGUGAGUACUCAAAUAAUGAUUUUGGUCCAAUUGAUUAAAAUUACAAAGUUAAACUUUCCAUUAGAAAAUUUUAUAAAACCGCCAAUCGAAAGUGAUCAUGUUCUGGAAUAUCAAGACAACCCUACCGUUCUAAACCAGUUCAAAGCUCAAUAUAAUACAUGGGAACAAAUAGACAGAAACUUCAAAUAUUUUAUUUUAGCUCAAUCAAGAAUAAGAAUAUGUCACAUAGUUCUGUUAGUUUCUAACCUUUUCAAAUCUUUAGUAGAUUUCGAUUGUUGCUUCCAUUCAAUUGAUCUGAAAUGUGGUGUUCCAUGUUAUAAUGAAGUGUUGUUCUUUUGCGAAGACUCCAAGGUUUGGAAUGAGAAUUUGACAAGAUUCAAUAUCGUUUUAGAUUCUAAGUUUUCAUUAAUUGAAGUAUCUAACGGUAAAUCAAACUACGAAAAGUGCUUAAUGUAUCUAUCAAAUGGUAAUCCCUAUCUUUAUGAGAACGCGAAAGUCUCAUUCAAAACGUUGUUGUCUUUACUGAUUUCUAUUCAUGAAAAGAUCAACAUUGAAAGAGAUGCUUUGAAAGAUGAUUAUGCAGGUGACUUUCAUACGAAGGAUGUGCAGUGGAGAAUGCAUUCAAGGCCCUUGGUUGCUACGAUGUUGAAACACUGGGAAUUGCUUUAUAUUAAGAAUGGUGGGAUACUGGCACUUAGUAACGAAAACUUACCAAUAAUAAAUACGAAUCCGUCAUUUAGAUUAAUCAUCCCCCUGUAUUUCUUCGCAAAACUAAGGAAGUGUCUUGACGUGGCCCCAACACUAAGAUGCAUCUGGAACCAGGAUUGGAAUUCGAUGAAUAGCUCCUUAGAAAAAGUAUGCUACGAGUGGGACUCAUUACGUGAGGCAACAGAAUACGCUGUUUCCGUUGUUGCAUUUUGGAUUGACACUGUAUCUAUAAUGAAAGGCAGAUCGACGCAAACGCCAAUAUUCACCAUUACUUGUAUCUUUGUUUCAAUCUUGGUCAUAGCUGGGUAUAUGAAGAGAUUAGAAGAUUUUGCACAAAGCCAAAAUGACGAUGCUAUGAUCAGCAGUUUGAAGAGCACUGACAGGAUCUUGUGGUUGAAGGCAUUCAAAACCUUGAAGAGGAUUGAAUCACACUUAUCCGAACGAGAAUACAAACUGCAAACAUUCGCCGAAUUUUUAAGGGUUCCAGACAAUGGUAGCCUAGAUAUUGAAAGUUUGGACUCUUCCUUGAUAGAAAAGGCUUUGGACCCACGUGAUGCAAGCGAUAGAGCACUAGAGAUCAUCACGAGGACAAGGCUUUCUUCGAGAACGCUAUAUUGCGGCGCUAGAAUCCUUGGCGACGCACCUGUGUGGCCUGUGUCUCUGCUGUUUGCUCAUGCUUUACAAUCCAGGGCUAUUUAUAAUAUCAACCACAGGAAAACUGUAAACAAAAUAUAG